AUGCAAGACGCCAAGGUAUCAGGGCUGAGCGGGUCUCAAGGCUCAGGCUCCGGCUCAGAAGCCCAGACAACGGCACCAGAACAAGCUUCGUUACAGAGGAUCCAGGACCUCCUGAAGGCGAAAGACGAUACAUCCAGAUUCGUCGGCCUGGCGCUCCUCAAAUCAGUAUUGGACAACACCCCAGAGCUGCAGCAGGAUGGCACCGUCAUCCGGCAGCUGUGGGGGUUCAUCCCGGGCAAGUUCUUGGACCGCCUACUCAGAGCCAGGUCAUCGCCCUCGCCCUCGCCAGAUUCAAAGGACAUGUUGGACCUCGCAGUAGCCGUGAUACAUACCUUCACUCUUCUCCUUCCAGAAGAAUCCAAAUCCGAUGAGAAACUCAUAGCAAGAAUACCUAUGCUCUGCGAUGCUAUCCUCCAAAGCUCUGAAAACACUACAGUUCUUAUCUUGCAAGCUCUAUUGACGCUUGUUAGCCAUCCCCAAGGCGCUCAAACGUUAGUUCAGAUCCAGGAUCUGAGCAACCUUGUGGAAAUCGCACCGACCCAGCCCCUUGUUUUGAAUGUGCUCUCCUUUGCAUUUCUUGGCUCGAUGUCCAUCGCCAACACUAUCGAGGCUAAGUCUGAACUUGCUCGCAAGGUCGAGCAAGUGGUUGCUGACCUUGUGCGCUCUUUCACGGGUACAGAUGGCGUCACUCUCUUAGACUUUCUCGCAGACUUUCUGAGGCAGCUAGACGACCAUCUCCUUCCCAGCAACCCGCCUUGGCUUUCCACCCUUGUGGGUUACAUUCGCAACUUGACCUCGAGCCGCCCUACUCAUGCAGCGAGGUCUGCCUAUGUAAACUUGGCUGCUACUCUUGUUAAUGUCUAUCCAAUCCAAGCCCCGAACCUUUUAUUCGCGGAUGCCAAGGGCGAUUCCGAGAAACCCUUCUCAUACGUAUUCAUCAAUUUACUACUCAUCGACCUCCGGGCAUCGUUUCCAGCGUUGCUUGAGCAGCUGAACAGCCCUGGAUAUCAAAAUACCGCCCGGCGCCUGGCGUCGGAUUUUGAUGUGGUCUCAUGCUACAUUGGUUUCCUAAUGAGAUCCUUAGUCGGUGAUGACUUGGACGAAGGACCACAAACACCUCUCUCUAUACCACCCGACCUGCUCCUGAAGCUGAGGAAAGCCAUGUCCGAGACCAUGUCCGUUACCAUCGAGUUUUUGAGGGACCGUUGGGAUGCUUCUGUAGCAGGGGCAAUGGGCUUGCAUCCCGAUGCCCGUGCCGGCGAGGCCAAGACCUCCAAGGGUUCUCGACUGACCAUUGCAUGGGAUUCAAUGAAGGCCAAAGUUGGCGAAGACAUUCUUGUGCUUUCGGCAAUACGAUGCCUGGCCGUAUGGCUCAGGGAAGAUGAUAAUGAACUCUUGAGAAAGGAAGCAAUGGGACUUCUUGACAUGUUCAUGGACCUCUACAAACUCAGCGGUCUGGGCGGGCUUGAUUUCCGUCGCCCAAUCCUUGUGGCUUUAGAGGGGAUCAUAACGCUUGAAGAGGCGUCAGAGGCUCUACUAAGCCAAGACGGCUGGAAAGUUUUGACUGGGGACCUACUCUCAAUACCAAGUUCGGGAGGCACGGACGAUGAUUUCAGUAGAGGUACUGAAAUCGUCAGAAUCAUACUUCCUAUCGCCGAAGCCGAACGCCCAGGCAGCAGAGAAGAGUGGUUGGAUCUAGCAACCGCAGUGGCUGCCUGGGAUAUCCUUGAUAAACAACUACCGACAGCGGCGUUGGAGUUUUACGUUGCUGCCCUGCAGCUUGUUACCAGCAUCCUUGCCAACGCACACCCAACUAUUCAAAGACGUUACAAACACACAAUCAAUGCAAUCAGCGGGCUAGCUACUCAGUUAAGGUGUCAAAAUGGCCGCAAACACGACGAUCUCAACGAAUCGCUGCAAGAUGUUCUUGACACAACCGCUGCGAUGGGAUGA